AUGAAUGCAUUCUUCCUGGCCUAGAUAGUGCAGGGCUUAAAAAAUUAUGUAAGAAGGGACGCCGUCAAGAUCUCCUCGGUGCCGCACAUAGAAACCUUAACCACGAAACAUUUCUUGCAAAUCGCUAAACUGAAUUAGGUUAUGCUAACUUAUCUCCCUGAUGAGCGCGACUGGGAUCGAAUAGAUAGAUAGUGGCUCUGCGACAUUUUUUAUACACUUGAGCAGGAGUAGAUGUAGUAGAUGAUUGAUGAGGCCCUCAGUGAGCGAAUGACUAAGCAGAUAAAACGGGAGAAUCUGCAAGUUACCAUUAGACCUGAAUUCGCUGCUGCAUUUGAAAAGUGUAAAGGUAAAGCAUGCUCCAUGCUAAAGGAUUCAGCGAAACGAAGGAGGAGCCAACUUGAGCGAGAGGAGAUCAAGGAUGAGGAGCAGCUAUUCAAGCAAGAUAAGUAUAGCUACCUGCAGGAGGUGAAGAGACUGAAGAAAGAGUCGACUGAUAUCAAUAAUGAUACUGUGCUGAUGAGAGAUCCUAUAGAGGCGGGAUCAAUUAGCUCAAUGAAUCAAAGCCAAAGCUACUAGAUGCUCGACUAGAGUAUAAGACAAGCACAACUGUAACCAAUCAUGGCAGUAUAGUCCUGCCAAGUCCAAUUAUUGAUGAGACUAGGAGUGAGACAGAAUCAAUGGCAGCUUAUAAUCCCUGCAUGCUGCUAUAGCAAGACCAAUGCUCAUCCAUUAAACAAUUUACUGUAGAAACACUCCUUGCUUCUCAUUGUUAGGUUUGAAGCAAUUAUCUGUAGGUGCACAAUCUGA